UUCAAGAUCUUUCUCGUGUUGACACUCAACAGCCCCAAUCAAGAAAGCUAUUUCUUCGACCUCUUCAUUGUUGUCAAGCAACCAACCAACUUAGUAUUUAUUUUCAUCUAACCAACCAGCCAACCAACCACUGAUCCAAGAUGAGCGACUCUGAUGAUGAUGGCCCAAAGGCGGAAGAGACCGAAGAGGACGCCGAAAUGAAGAAGCUCCUCGCUGGUUUUGUGGACGAGACGGGAGCUGAUGACGACUCGGAUUCUUCGGAUUCGGAAUCGGGUGACGAGGCCCGUGAGAUUGAAAUUGAGGACAAUGUUCUGGACCAUGUGGUGUUGGCUGCAGCAGACUUUGAGAGUGCCUUGGAGGAAUUUACGGAGAAAACUGGUGUGGCCCCCAAAAUUGCUGGUGCCAUCAAGGGCUUGGGUAUCAAGACGGCGCGAGUCUCCUUUGAGGGUUCCUCCUUCUUGGAGAUCAUUGCUCCCGAUCCGAAGUCGGGAGGUCCCAUUGGAAACUUGCUAAAGGCCUCAGGAAUCUCUGGACUGAAACCUUUCCACUGGGCUAUCCGAAACGAGCGCGCAGAACCAUUGAAGGAUGAAGUGAACAAGUUUGGAUACACUCCCGACCAUAUUUCCAUGUUUGGUGCCAAGGAAGAUGGCACACCCAGGAAGUGGGAAAUGCUCUACCUGUACGGACACAAAAUGGGUGGAAUUACUCCCUUCUACAUCAACUGGGCCAACUCGGACCAUCCCUGUGAAACUAUGCCCAUUGUGGGAGAUCUCAUUGGAGUUAAGGUUACUGCCCCAUCGGAUGACCCCGUCCACAAGCUCAUCGCACACACCGAAUCGGGAGGAUUCUCUCUUGAAGAGGGUGAUGCCAGCUUUGAACUCAAAUUUGACAGUCCUGAAGGAGAAAUCACCUACGAGGCCACCAAGAUGGUGGGCUUCCGUUUCCCCGGAUUCGAGGAUGAGAACGGACCAAUUGAUGGAGAAGAGCCCACGAUGCCGGAAUUUGUAAUGCCGGCCAUGCCAGAGCUUCUUCCGGUGGAAACCGGUGACUACGACGAUAUCCCUGCAACAGAAGGUUAAAAUUCUGGUCGGUCGCUGACUCGUUGGCACUGCUGCGUACUGAUCAAAAGAAUGGUGCCAGCUUACUAGGAAGGAUAAAUCGAUCGCUGCUGCUGCUCACCCGCUUUGCUCGCUUGCGUCACAGAGUUAUAUUAACCCCUUUUCGUUUAAUUCACUUUAUUUAGUAGUGUAGUAAAUACUAUAGUGUCUUUUGAUAAAAGAAAAAAGAAAAAAAGAAGGGAAAAAACCAAGCCAAGAUUCUAUUAUAACAACUUGACAGCAAAACUCAGUUCUAAUAUGGUAGUCUCAAAUGAUGUCCUGCAUGCAGACCCGCAUCUCUGUUGCCCUUGUGCAACACUUGUUUCUCCGUUGAUGCCGCAAAACCAAACCGUUUGGCCCUCG